UGUUGUUGUUGUUUUGUUGCUGCUGCUGACCAGCGGCCGCCAUCAUUAACCCAUUCACAUCACCAUUAAUACCGUAAUUACUGUGACUAAUCUGGGAGCUAAUCAUUGGGCUCAUCGUCAGAGACAAAGUCUGAUUAGUAUGCUGCUGAAGAUCGUCGCUAAACUGCUGCUGCUGUCUCAGCCAUGCCUUGAGCCCGGCCAGCGAAGUUGACGGUGGCGGCGAAGAACCACCGCCGCCGCUGGCAUCGAAAUGGUAAUUAGCGGUGGCCGGGUAGAUGAUUUGGCUAUUGCCACCAGCGUGGAUGAGGGAGUGUGACGGUGGAAUGUUUGUUGACGGUGGUGGUAUUCCCUGUAGCGGUGGUGCUAAAGAAAUCUUCAAGCUUAGGACUCUCGCCGUCUGCUUCCUGAUCAGGAUUUCUGGCCAUCCCUUCUCCUCCUCCUGCGGAAAAGGGAGGAAGAUCGGCGGCGGCGGCGGAGUGGAGAGACGGCAGCAUGUGAUGGUGGUGCAUCAUGGUCAUGUGAUCCGCAGACGAAGAAGAAGAAGAUGGCGAUGAAGAAGAGAAAGCGGCAGCAAGUGGGAGUUCCAGAUGAUGGUGAUGACUAUGGUUGUGAUCAUUAUCAUUACCAUAGUCGCCGCCAUCAUGAUGAUAGUCUUGGAUUUGGAGG